AAACACACACAACACGAGAUAACUUCUUCCUUUCCUCCUUUCUCGUUUCGUUCGAUAUCGUUCGGUGUUUCGAGUCUCACCUCCUUCAUGGGCCCUGGAGGACCUGGCGGACCUGGCGGGCCUGGAGGGCCUCCUGGACCUGGGUGGGCUCCCCUCCCAGGGGGCCCUUUCCCUGGCUGGGGCCCAGCACCGCCAGGGGGCCCAUUCUGGGGGCCAGGUUUUGGUGGCUUCCUACCCUCGUGGUUAGUCCUCCCAAUUUUUACUUCCUGUGCUGCUGCUGCUUACUUCAGGAAUGCUGUGGGCCCUUGUUCGGGACGGGCCCAAGGCCGUAUGGUCCUCCUCCUCCUUUUUGAAAUAUUAUAAAGUUACAGGGGUGAAUUAGUAAAAGACACACUUGAAGGGAAUGAAGGCUGAAAAACUACGGAGAACAACAAUUAUUCAUAAAGAUGCUUUUGCAGUUAUAAUGUCGAGGACUGAAAAAAAGUAAAAUUGUAAUGUCUUUGUAACAAUGUACUAGUGCAAUAUAGUUAAAUACAAGGGUUUUAAUAACUGUUAUCGAA